UCACUACAGCACACUGUAGAGAUCCAUCCAGUCUCUGAAGUCCUCUUCAGUGCUAAGGAACAACUGGAGCAAGAUAUCCUCCAACCUCAGGAUGUCAGCACUCCAGUUAGUUCCCCUAAAGAUGAUAGAUUGGAAGAGCUGGACAAGGAUAAGACUUCUCUGCAGGAAAUUGCAGAGAUUAAUGAUUUUGGAGAAGCUCCAGGCUCUGAAGUCCUUCCCGCUGCUGAGGACCUCCAAAGUCUAGAUAGUUCCACUGAAGAUGAUGAAGCGGAGGAGCCAGACAGCGGACACAUUUUCUGGCGAUACGAAUUUGGGCCCAAGCUGGGAAGAGGAGGCUAUGGCCAUGUGCAUGCAGGGACUCGCUGCAAGGAUGGCCUCAAGGUGGCUGUGAAAAUUGCAGAAAAGACUACAGAUUUGCCAUAUAUCAGAGUUCCUGGCCAUCCCAGUCGCCUUCCAAUGGAGAUUGGCCUGACACUAAUGGCCAAUAUGGGCCCCAGUGUUCCACACAUAAUCAAACUCCUGGACUGGCAGGACGACCCCGACUACUAUGUCAUGGUCUUGGAGCGGCCCAUGCUAAGCAUGAGCCUGUUUAGUUUCGUGAAGCUCCGACAAAGGCUCGAAGAGGGGAUAUCACGACAUUUAAUGUGGCAGGUCAUUCAUGCCGCUAACAUUUGCUGCGAGCGUGGCGUCUUCCAUAGAGAUAUAAAAUUGGAAAACAUCCUGGUGAACCCGGACACGUUCGAGGUUAAGUUGAUCGACUUCGGCUGCGGCAUGCUCAUGAAGGACUCUGCCUACAUGUCCUUCAGUGGUACAGAAAUGUUCUGUCCACCGGAGUUCUAUGUCGACGGCGGGUACUAUGCAAAGCCAGCGACAGUUUGGUCAUUAGGGAUCCUGCUGUUAGUGAUGGUGUGCGGGUAUUAUCCGGACGACAAAGACCUGCAAAUGAUCAGCAGGAAUGAAUGGUCCAAACCCGACUUGUCACAAGAAUGCUGCCAGAUGAUUUGUGAUUGUCUGCAGCCGGACCCCCAGCAGAGACUUGUUCUGGAGGAGAUGCAGCUCCAUGACUGGUUUCCGGUCGUGGAGUAAGACAUGGAGAGGAACAGAAAACGACUCCCUGCCACGGCCACUCUUUUAUUUUCUGUCUUCACUUAGGCCUUUGUGUCCUGGUAGCUCCUGGCGGCUUAAAGUGGCAUUAUUCAUUUAUAAUUUGA